AUGGAGAAAAUCUCACCCCGGAUCACCCUGGAAGAUAUUGCGGCCUUAGCGACUCUACAAUGUGGAGCUCCUGGAGAUCCUGAUCGUAUCCAUUAUAGCAUCGGAUUCCAACAUCACCGCGACGAACCGGACCCCGACGAAGUUUUGUUGCCGGAGGGGUCAUCAGAUAUCGCAUUUGAUCUGAAAUUCGAUGAAGUGAUUCGGAUCGUGGAUCGAGUGGUGACUCGGCGGAACAACUGUAAAACGCUGAACAACAUCUCACCCAGGAACAACUCGCUUCCCAUCCAUUUGAGGAACCAGCGAAGAAAAUCUUUACUCCCCAGCCGCACUUUCCACGUGCGUACCCGUAGAAACCAAAUGAGAUUGUUAUCGGUUCAACAUUUGAUAUCUGAAACCACUGCUCCAGUCGAUCCGGAAACUGAACAUAUCGGUGGUAAAAGCAUUUCCGAUUUUAGCGUCAGGAACAAAAAAGUUUUGUCUAUUCAGGGUUUGCGAUAUCUCGUGACGGUCAAUUGCAGCAGUAGUCAAGCACUCGAGUACAACGACGUACAGGAUUGUCCCAAGUCUUACAGCAGAUACUAUACCGAGACUCCAACUUAUUAUACCAAAGCGGCCGAGUACUACGUCGAAGCACCUAAAUACUUGACUACAACCUACGCUGCUCCAAGUUACUACGCAGAACAACCGAAGUACUACUCUGCCCCGAGCUACACAACCACAACUGAGGCGGCGAAGUAUUCCGUAGCCGCAACUUACUACACAGCGGCUGCUCCUUCCUACUACACCGAAAAGAGCGAAUAUUACGCAACCACGUACGCUGCCCCAGUUUACUUCACCGAGGAACCCAAAUAUUACUCUGCUCCAAGCUACUACCAAACAGAGGCUCCUGUUUACUACACUACCAAGGCACCUGAGUAUUACACCACUACUUAUGCUGCACUGACCUACUACACCGAAGCCCCGAAGCACGUAUAUGAUUAUUGUACCAACGUAAGUUGGGUAAAUAAUCUAGAUAGUAAAGAAAAUUCAGUUUCUAUCCCAUCUGCAGCUACCAGUAAAGCCAAAACGAGUCAGGCUUCUGGUGGAGCUCAAUUUGUGGGCCAUGAGCUGUAUAAGAGAUUAAAAGACUACCUCAAGUCUCACAUAAUCAAUGUUCUUAAGAAUGGAGUUGACUACAUGGAUGAGCCUGUUCUCAAGUUUUAUACUCAGCAAUGGGAGGAGUAUCAGUUUAGUUCAGAGGUUUUAAAUGGAGUUUGUGCCUAUUUGAACCGACACUGGGUGAAGCGAGAAUGUGAAGAAGGACAGAAAGGAAUUUACGAAAUUUAUCAGUUGGCUCUUGUGACAUGGAGAGAGAAUUUGUUUCGUCAUCUUCACAAACAGGUUACGAAUGCUGUGCUAAAACUAAUUGAACGAGAACGAAACGGUGAACCUAUUAAUACCCGUUUAGUUAGUGGUGUGAUGAACUGCUACGAUGAACUUGGUUUGAACGAAGAGGAUCAGACGGCAAAGGGGCAGAAUUUAUCUGUUUAUAAAGAUUCAUUCGAGAAUUCAUUCUUAGAGGAUACAGAGCGCUUCUAUACCCGGGAAAGCGCUGAAUUUCUACGGCACAACCCAGUGACUGAGUACAUGAAACGUGCCGAACAGCGGUUAGCUGAGGAGCAAAAACGAGUGCAGACUUAUUUGCAUGAAGCAUACCUUGACAAGCUGAGCAAAACUUGUGAAAAAGUCCUUAUAGAAAAACAUUUAGAGAUCUUUCAGGUGGAAUUUCAACACCUCCUUGCAGACGACAAGCAUGAUGAUCUCGGAAGAAUGUACCAGUUGGUCUCACGCAUAUCAGAUGGAUUAACAAAAUUGCGAACACUUCUUGAAGAUCACAUAACCCAGCAAGGUUUGUCUGCCAUCGAACGCGAAGGAGAAGCCGCCCACAAUGAUCCUAAGGUUUACGUUACUACCAUUCUGGAUGUCCACCGCAAAUAUAACGCCCUCGUUAUGUCGGCGUUCCAUAAUGAUGCCGGAUUUGUGGCUGCAUUGGACAAAGCUUGCGGAAAGUUCAUCAAUAGCAAUGCCGUGACAAAGGCCGCCAACUCCUCGUCGAAAUCGCCAGAACUACUGGCCAAAUACUGUGAUCUUUUGCUGAAAAAGAGCGCGAAAAAUCCCGAAGAGGCCGAGUUAGAGGAUACGCAAAAUCAAGUGAUGGUGGUCUUCAAGUAUAUUGAAGACAUAGACGUAUUCCAAGGGUUCUACUCCAAAAUGCUGGCUAAGCGUUUGGUGCAGCAUAUGUCGGCUUCAGACGACGCUGAAGCAUCAAUGAUCUCCAAGUUAAAGCAAGCCUGUGGCUUCGAGUACACUUCGAAGCUUCAGCGUAUGUUUCAAGACAUUGGAGUCAGUAAAGAUCUCAACGAACAAUUUAAGCGACAUCUGGCCAACUCUGCUGAACCACUCGACAUCGAUUUCAGUAAUCAGGUCCUGCCAUCUGGUUCUUGGCCGUUUCAGCAAUCAGUCAACUUUUCUCUUCCAUCCGAACUCGAGCGCUCCGUCCAACGUUUUACUACUUUUUACAGCAGCCAGCACAGUGGGCGCAAACUGCACUGGCUCUAUCAAAUGUCUAAAGGCGAAUUAGUCACCAACUGUUUCAAAAAUAGAUACACACUUCAGGCAUCAACUUUACAAAUGGCUGUACUUUUGCAAUAUAAUGUUUCAACAUCUUGGACAGCCAAUCAGUUAAGUGAUGCAACUGGAAUCAAAAUGGAUUUACUACUGCAGAUUUUCUUAAAAUUGAAGCUCUUGUCGUCCGAAGAUGACGAAAAUGAUUUGCAACAAACUUCUCAGCUCUCUCUCUUUGUUGGAUACAAAAACAAAAAGUUGCGUGUUAACAUCAACAUUCCAAUGAAGGCUGAAUUGAAACAAGAGCAAGAAGCCACGCAACGGCAUUUAGAAGAGGAUCGAAAGCUACUGAUCCAAGCGGAAAUUGUACGCAUCAUGAAGAUGCGCAAAGUACUAGAACACAAACAGUUACUGGCUGAGGUCCUUAAUCAGAUAUCGUCUCGUUUCAAGCCAACAGUGCACAUAAUUAAGAAAUGUAUUGACAUUCUGAUCGAAAAGGAAUAUUUGGAGAGAACCGAAGGACAGAAGGAUACUUAUUCCUAUCUCGCAUGA